AUGCUUCCCAAUUACCUCCCUCUCAUCGGAGAUCGGGAUCAUGAGGAAGGUGCAGGAAGAGUCAAGGUCAAGGGCUUGCGUCUAUGGCAUGGUCGGCCUGAAGUGCACGGAUUCUCCGUGUCUCCAAGAUACAAGGUCCAUGAGAGCGCCUUACAAUUACGGGUAGACGCGUCUGGACGUUUGGCUUCCUCAUCGUCACUAUCGGAAUUUUCUCUUCGAGUGGCUGUACCGUUUGGAAUCAGCAAAGGAGCUCCGCAACCCCUGCGCAAGACCGCCUCGCCAACCGUAGAAGGUGCUUCCGCGCGUCAAGCAGCUUAG